GCAUCAGAAGAAGCUCACUUACUAUCAGGACCAGAAUGCCUCGUAUUACUGUGCACAUUAGGGAUGAAUGGUUGACGGUGCCAUGCAGAGACACCACAUGUACCAUACAGUGGUUGGGACUCGAGGCUUUGAAACGCUAUGUGAAGAACAAGCCAGAUAAUGGAGGAUUAAUGUUGACCAAAGACAUUAAUUUUGUUGUAAGGAGGUGUCAAGGCCUUGGGCUGUUGGAUUCCGAUGAUACUAUUGAGGAUGUUCUUGAGGAUAAUGACUUUGUUGAACUUGCUAUUGAAGGAGAGUCAAUGUCCCCUGACUUCAUCCAGUGCCAGCCAGGAGUGUCACACUUAACAGCUGUGUACAGAGAACCUGAUGAUUACCUAGCUCUUGAUGGUAACAGCCUGACCUCUACAGACCUAGUUAAUUUGGGGAAGGGUUUCUACAAGAUCAAGUUGACCAAGGAGGCAGAACACAAUGUUGUGCAAUCAAGAGAGCUAUUGGAUACAAUUGUUAAGGAGAACAGAAUUGUGUAUGGAAUAACAACUGGUUUUGGGAAAUUUGCGCGCACUGUCAUCCCUGUGGCCAAACUUAAGGAACUCCAAGAAAAUCUUGUGAGAUCACACUCUGCCGGUGUGGGGAGUCCUCUAAGUCCAGAAAGGACACGCAUGUUGCUUGCUCUCAGAAUCAAUGUCCUGGCGAAAGGGUACAGUGGCAUCUCUCUGGAAACUCUCCAUGCAAUGGUUCAGGCUUUCAAUUCAUCUUGCCUGUCGUUUGUUCCCGAAAAGGGUACAGUUGGUGCAAGUGGAGAUCUUGCUCCUCUUUCCCAUUUGGCAUUAGGUCUUAUGGGAGAGGGGAAGAUGUGGUCUCCUAAAAGUGGAUGGGCUGAUGCUAAAUAUGUACUUGAGGCUCAUGGACUGAAGCCUGUAACACUGAAGCCAAAAGAGGGUUUAGCUCUCAUUAACGGGACCCAGAUGAUCACUUCUCUUGGGGCAGAGGCUGUGGAGAGGGCAGAGGCUAUUGCCAGACAGGCGGACAUCAUUGCUGCCCUCACACUGGAGGUUUUGAAAGGAACUACCAAGGCCUUUGAUAGUGACAUCCAUAGGCUGCGUCCCCAUCCAGGACAAACUCAGGUGGCCCUGCGUUUCCGCUCUCUGCUGGACUCAGACCACCAUCCCUCUGAAAUUGCAGAGUCUCAUCGAUUCUGUGAUAGGGUCCAGGAUGCAUACACUAUGCGUUGUUGUCCACAAGUUCAUGGUAUUGUUAAUGACACAAUUGAAUUUGCCAAGAACAUUAUCAACACAGAAAUCAACAGUGCUACAGACAACCCUAUGGUAUUUGCUGAGAGAGGAGAGACCAUCUCUGGUGGGAAUUUCCAUGGAGAAUAUCCAGCAAAGGCGCUGGACUACUUGGCCAUCGGCAUUCAUGAGCUGGCCGCAAUCAGCGAGCGAAGGAUCGAGCGCUUGUGUAACCCCUCACUCAGUGAGCUCCCCGCCUUCCUGGUCAGCGAGGGGGGCCUGAACUCAGGGUUCAUGAUUGCACACUGCACCGCCGCGUCCCUCGUGUCAGAGAACAAGGUCCUGUGUCACCCAUCGUCUGUGGACUCGUUGUCAACUAGCGCUGCCACCGAGGACCACGUGUCCAUGGGGGGCUGGGCCGCCAGAAAAGCCCUGCGGGUGGUGGAGAACGUAGAGCAAGUGCUUGCCAUUGAGUUACUUGCAGCCUGCCAGGGUAUUGAGUUCCUACGCCCCCUGCGAACUACAACACCAUUGGAGAAGGUGUACGACCUUGUGCGCAGCACAGUCAAGCCAUGGAUAAAAGACAGAUUCAUGGCUCCUGACAUUGAGGCUACCCACCGGCUCUUGCUUGAUCAGAAGGUAUGGCAAAUGGCUAAGCCUUACAUUGACAAGUACCACAUGGAGCACUUCCCAGAGUCUCGACCCAGCUCACCGACAGCCUUCUCCUUGGAAUCCCCAGCAUCCCCAAGAAAGCGAGUCCGUCUCGAGUGACGGGAUAUUUGCCAGGCUUCUUUUCAAUACCAUUUCUAUAUUAUGGAACUGAAGAUGCAAAAUUGUUAUCCGUGGUAUAUGAAAAGUGUUAAUAGAAUAUGGUAGAUAUGUUUUUACAGUGUUAUUUUACAAUAUUAAUCAUAUUUUGAUGAAACAUAGUCAUUUGCCUUUGUGUUUUGUUAAUUAAAAAUACACAUAUAAAUCUAAUGCAGUUUGGUUUUGUUUGUUUGUUUUUUUUGCUACUGGGCUCCCCCAAGUCUGGUUAUCACCAUACUAAGCUCAUUCUUUUAAGAUUGAACAUUAGUCUGGGGAGUCUGUGCUUUAUUUCUACUGCACAAGAGGCGUCAUCAAUGGGCGUAGUUCAAAUGACUCCAUAAACUUGGAUAGUCCUUCAACCAAUCAGACCAAUGAUCUUUUGGAUAAGCUAGUUUGUGAUUGGACCCAAAGAUUGUGGACAGGAAGCAGGGGAGAUAGAUGUGCAAGUUUCCAGCCUGGGGUCCUCCUACAGUUGUCGAAUAAUUGUAUUUUACACAACUGUCAUAAAUAGGCCUACUACUCAUGGCUUGCACUCUUCCCCCUUGACACAGUAUGUGGAUUGGUGUACACACAGGCCAAGAUAAUCUCUGAGUCUUGUCAUCUGAGGUAACGGGUAACUUCAUGCAAAUAAUAGGCUACUGCACAAUUGCAGUAGGCAAUUUGUGAUUCUCUGGGUCGGGGCCUUCAAUUGUUUAAAUCCAAUAGAUAGCAAUGCAUAGUAUUUUUCAGUCUCAUUUCCCCCCAUUUAUCAGCUUUCUUUUAAGACUUUUAAAGCAGCACAAUAUUCCACACUGACAAUGUCUCUGGAAUUUGUGUAUUCAAAUUCACAAAGGAUAAUACGGGUUUAUGUUUUCUUUUAAGCAAUGUCUAAUAAAACAGUUUCUUUUCA